CCGCCAGCCCCCUUCAAACGCAAAUAAACCCUCAAUCUCUCUCUUGAAAACCACAACUCCCCACACCUCUCUCUCUUUUCUCUCUACACUCACACAUUUUCCUCACUAUACUCUCUCUUUAACGCCACCUCCUCUACCAAAUAAAGAAAACGUAUUACCCCCCCCCCCAAAUCAAAGCCAUGGAGGCGCCUGAAUUCGUUCCAGGAACCACCUGUUGUUCCCAAUUCACGCCUGACAAACCUGACCAUUUCAUUGUCGAGGACUUGCUCGAUUUUUCCAACGACGAUACCAUUUUAACCGACCAAACCUUCGACUCCUUCUCCGCUGCUGCCCACUCCACCGAUUCUUCCUCCGUUACUCCCUUCGACACCUGCAAUUCCUCCUCCUUCUCUGCUUCCCAACCCAAUUUAGUCGCCGGUAUUGCUUCCCGUGCUUUUAACGAUGGUCACUCCUCCGCUGACCUUUAUGUGCCGUGUGAUGAUUUAGCUGAGCUAGAAUGGCUGUCAAAUUUCGUGGACGAAUCAUUUUCAAGUGAUGAUCUGCAAAAGCACCAGCUGAUAUCCGGAAUAAAAAUCCGACCCGAUGAAUCAUCAGAGACCGGAGGGUUUCAAUCCGUUCUGCCCAACCAAAUUAACGACGCCAUUGAUAAUGGUGACAACAACCACAGUAACAAUACCAACAACCCAAUUUUCCAUCCAGACAUGUCGGUGCCCGCCAAGGCCAGGAGCAAACGGUCUCGUGCUGCGCCAUGCAACUGGGCCUCCCGCCUCCUUGUUCUCAGCCCGACAACUUCAUCUUCCGAGCCUGACAUCGUCGUCCCGGUGCAACCACCUCCACCGAACCACCCUGGUAAAAAGCCCGUCAAAACGAUAUCGUCGAAGAAAAAAGAGGGUGGCGUAGCAAAUUCGGAUGGGCGGAAGUGCCUUCAUUGUGCUACGGAUAAGACGCCGCAGUGGAGGACUGGUCCCAUGGGUCCCAAAACAUUAUGUAAUGCAUGUGGCGUGAGGUAUAAAUCGGGUCGGCUUGUGCCCGAAUACCGACCCGCUGCUAGCCCCACAUUCGUGCUCACAAAGCAUUCAAAUUCCCACCGCAAGGUGCUGGAGCUUAGGCGACAGAAGGAAAUGUUAAGGGCUCAACAGCACCAUCAGCAACCAUUCAUGCACCACCAUCAUCAGAACAUGGUUUUCGAUGUAUCCAACGGUGAUGAUUACUUGAUCCACCAACACGUGGGCCCUGAUUUCAGGCAGCUGAUUCUAGAGUAGAGUACCUUAACUAAGGUCGAGAGUUCUUUAAUUUUUUCCCCCCAGAAUUAAUUUAGUUAUUGAAUUCAUUAGUGAAUUCCAGUUUUUUGUUUUUGAUAAUUUUCGUAGACUAAUUUUCCCUUGAGUUUGGGCUUUUUUCCUGCCAAAUUUGGCAAACUCAUAAACCCCACUUUUCUUACCUGAGGCAAAUUUAGUAAUUUUAAUUUUAA